GGCAAACGGAGAGAGAGAGAAAGAGAGUGGAGUGGAGGCGGCGUAGAGGAGAUGACGACCGUGCUGCGAACGCCACCCGUCCGCUUGCCCUCCUUCGUCUCCCCCUUCGUCAAUCGCUUGCCGUUUACUAAACCGCUGUCCCAUUCAGCGAAGCUCUCUUCUCCUUCACGCCGCCGCCUCUUCGCCGCCUUCUCCCCCCGCGCCAUGGCCUCGUCCGCAUCGCCGUCCUCCUCCCAGAUGGCGGCGCCAGGUGAUGUGACGGGGGUUUCGGAUGCCUUCGAGAAGAUUCGUGCUCAUCAGGAAGCUGCUGCUCGACUUUCUCCUGUUGAAGAAAUACGAACACUACUUGAUCUCAGCACUCGGGGCAUGCUCUCUACCUUUUCUCAGGUCCACGAGGGUUAUCCUUCCGGAUCCAUGGUUGAUUUUGCAUGUGAUCAUGAUGGUUCUCCCAUACUAGCAGUCAGUAGCUUAGCUGUCCAUUCAAAGAAUUUGUUGGCAAAUCCUAAGUGCUCAUUGCUUGUAGCAAAGGAUCCUGAAGAUAGGACUGAUAUAGUUGUCACCAUAUAUGGGGAUGCUGUUCCGGUUUCUGAAGAUGAUAAUGAAGCUGCACGUGCUGCUUAUCUAAGAAGACAUCCAGAUGCAUUUUGGGUUGACUUUGGUGACUUCAGUUUCAUCCACAUCAAACCAAAAUAUGUGCGCUAUGUUUCUGGCGUUGCCACAGCUCUACUGGGAUCGGGAGAAUUUGAUGGUGAGGAAUAUAAAGCUGCCAAAGUUGAUCCAAUAUCUCAAUUUACAAAGCCUAUCACGUCCCACAUGAAUAGGGAUCAUCAAGAAGAUACAAAAGCCAUUGUACAACAUUCAACCUCAGUAAAGGUGGACUUUGCUCACAUGCAAGAUGUGGAUAGCCUUGGCUUCAAUGUAAAGGCUGGUUAUCAAGGAAGUACUUUGAAACUUCGCAUCCCAUUCCCUAGACGUGCUCAAGACAGGAAGGAUGUGAAGACUCUUAUAGUGGAAAUGCUUCAAGCUGCUAAAUCAAACGAGGGACUGUCAUAGGUUUGGUAACAGGAAAAGGUGAUUAUGAUGCUGCGCUCUCAAAUGAACUGCUAUUAUCAGGAGUCGAUGAGGAGGAAAUAACAUUACGAGCGGUGUGACUGAAACAAAUAUAUUAAAGGAUAAACAGUGGUGGUCGAUGUGUGUCUAUGUGAACCAGAAAGCUGUGAAAAGUCCUCUCUUUAUCCUGAGACAAAAAGUAUCAUUUGUGCCGUGCUUCAUGCACCAUUAAUUCUAACACACUUCACGGUGACCA